AUGUUGAGCCAAUCCGCACGCGCUAGUUUGAAAAAGUCUCUGAAGCUGCAGCUGCCCGCCAUGCCCGCCAUGCCCGCCGUGGGCGGGCGGUUCUACUCGGAGGGCUCUGUCGGGUCGCCCCGCGGCGAAGGCGCGGACGACUCGUUCGUGAGGCGGGAGCGCGCGCAGGAGGACUACUUCAUCAGACAGCACGAGAAAGAACAGCUGGAGAAGUUGAGACAGCAGGUCAAGCAGCAGCAGCAGAAGAUCGAGCACCUGGAGGGCCGCCUGGGCGACAAGCUGAAGGAGGGCCAGUGA